CUCCCUGCCAUGUCCGAGAAGAAGUCGGAUGCCGUCGAGGCCGUUGAGCGGCCCUCGCUCGACGGCGGCGUCAAGGAGGCGCAGGCGGCGCCGUUCGUCGACAUCGACGACGGGUUUGACCCCGCCCUCGUCAAGCGCACCAUGCGCAAAGUUGACUGGCGCCUCAUCCCGAUCCUCAUUGCCAUGUACACCAUCUCGCUCAUCGACCGCACCAACCUCGCCACGGCGCGCGCUGCCAACAAGGUCAAGAUGGACCGCGAGAUCGGCACGGGCAGCGGCCAGCGCUACACAAUCAUCACGCUCACCUUCUUUAUUCCGUACAUUAUCCUUGAAAUUCCCUCGCAGAUCGGCCUGCGUUACUUCGGUGUGCGCAACUGGCUCUCGGCCGCCGUUCUCCUCUGGGGUGUCAUCAUGAUCUGCAUGGGCUUUGCGCCCAACUGGAACACGCUGGCCGGUCUCCGCGCCGUCCUCGGUGUUUUCGAGGCCGCACUCUUCCCGGGUUGCGCAUACCUCCUCUCGUGCUGGUACCCGCGCCGGUCGAUGGCCAAGCGCAACGUCCUGUUCUACACGUCCUCGGCCGUGCUCGGCAACUUUGCCACGAUCAUUGGAUAUGGCUUCUCCCUGAUGGAUGGCACGCGCGGCCUUUCCGGAUGGGCGUGGAUCUUCAUCUGGUUCGGCAUCAUGACUGUCGUCGUUGCCAUUGUCGCAUACCUCACCCUCGUCGACUUCCCCGACCGCGCUACAUUCCUCACCGAGGAGGAGCGCAACAUCGUUCUCACCCGUAUCCAGCGCGACCGCGCCGACUCCGUCCACGACCCCUUGACAUGGUCCAAGAUCGUCAAGUACUCAAAGGACUUCAAGCCAUGGCUCUUUGCCUGGUUCUUUAUGUCGGCCACAGUCUCGUCCUACGCCCUCGCCUACUUCCUCCCCGUCAUCCUCGCUCAGCUCGGCUUCGACAACGUCCAGUCCAUGGUCCUGAACGUGCCCCCUAAUGCCUGGUCCGUCAUCCCUGCCCUCAUCACCGCCUACAUCGCCGACAGAUACCGCAACACCCGUGCUGCGGUCAUCAUGUUCAGCGGCAUCUGUCUCAUUGUCGGUACCGCCAUGUACUCGCAGCUCGGCGCCAAGCAGAAGGUUGCGCGCUAUGCCGGUAUUUUCCUCGCCGUCCAGGGCGGCAACUGCAAUGUGCCCCUCGUGCUGUCGUGGGCCCAGACUUCGAUCCGCGCCCAGUCUAAGCGCGCGUUCAUGGCCGCUGUCGUCGUCUGCUUCGGCGGUCUUGGUGGUAUUCUUGCGUCUGUCGCGUUCAACCAGAACGAGGCGAAGAAGGGCUACCGCUCGGGUGUCAUCUUCACCAUGGCCAUCAACGCCGUCACAGUCGUCGGCGCUGGUUUGCUCCACGUGUGGAUGCGCUUCGAGAACCGCCGUGCCGAGAAGAAUGGCAAGGUGCUCGAGGAGGAUGAGAACUUCCGCUACCAGGGCUAGAGAACAGAAGACCUUGCGGAGAGAGGUGUGUGUACGAGGGGGAGGUUUCUGAAGUGGCUUGUAGUAAUGCA